UUAUUAUGUGAAAAAGUUGAUGGUUCUUACUUAUUAUUCUCCAAAUGCUUUAAUGUAUUUUAAGUUUUUUCUCACUUUUUUGUCCAUUUCUCGUUAACCUUUUCCGUCUCUCCCGCCAUGGAAGAAGCAUCCGGCAAGGCCGCCACCACCACCACCACCACCAACAGUGGCCAGAAGCACAACAAUGGCAACAACAACAGCAACCGAACGGGCGUGGUGAUCGGAGGGUUUUUGGAGACGGCCAAAUCUGAGAGGUCGGUGUGGCUCAUGAAAUGCCCUUCUCUUGUCUCUCGCUCCCUUCGCUCUCCCUUCCCCGAUGACCCUUCUCGUCCCGUCGCCAAAGUCGUCGUCUCCGUCGACCCUCUCAACUCCAACGAUGACGAGUCUUCUACUGAGUUCACCAUGGAAUUGGCUGCCACGGAAUCGGGAGAUGCACCCAAGUCAUACACUUUGGAUAUGUCUAAGGACUUUGUUCCAAUGUCUGUAUUUGCUGAGUCACCUCAAGGAAAGGUCUUUGUGGAGGGGAAAAUACUGAACAAAUUUGACGUGAAGCCACAUACUGAGAGUCUUGAAAACUAUGGAAAACUUUGUCGUGAGAGGACGAAGAAGUGCAUGACCAGAAAUAGGCAAAUCCAGGUCAUUGAUAAUGACAAAGGAACUCACAUGAGGCCUAUGCCCGGGAUGAUGACAACCUCUUUUACCGUACAUGAAAAGAAGAAGCCGCCAGCCAAAGCAUCUGAAACUAAAAGGACAAGAAGAGACCGUGGAGAGAUGGAAGAUAUCAUGUUCAAGCUAUUCGAAAGGCAACCAAAUUGGACAUUGAGACAACUUAUACAAGAAACUGAUCAACCUGAACUAUUUCUGAAGGACAUACUGAAGGAGCUUUGCGUUUACAACAAUAAGGGCAGCAACCAAGGAUCGUAUGAGCUGAAGCCAGAAUACAAGAAAUCAAGUGACCCGGAUCCAGCUACAUAAAGGCUAAGCUCUCAAGUGCUAAGCAAGGGAAUUUCAUAAUAACACCAAUUCUCAGUGCUUUCCAUAACUGCAGGCUGACUGAUUCUUGGAUGGCUUAAUUCAUGUGAGGGCUCCACUGCCUGGGUAAGAAGCAUCUUUUGCGCUAAUUAUUUGUUGCUGUGUCAGCGUGGAUGUAGAAAUAGAGUAACCAUAUAUAUGGCUGAAGUCUGAUUCCAAAUGGAUGCAGGGGAUGAUUCAUUGAACUGUGAUUGGUAGAAAUGUAAAUAAAAAUUAAUGAAAGAGCAGGUUACAU